AUAGCCUCCAGACAACUACAGUUGUCGGCAGUUUCUCUUUUUCAAUCAGGAUUAUGCUCUUUGGGGCUUGUCGGGAUAUAUAAUCUGUGGAAUUAACGAGGACUUUCAUUCAGUUUUGUUGCUGUUUAUUUAGAUCUCCUACCAUCUAGACCCCCCCAGUUCCCCAACCGGACCGCAAGAUGGACUACGAAGCGUUGAAGGACCAAUGGAGCGAUGUUGAAGACCGUGAUGGAAUCAGACUGAGCUGGAAUACCCUCCCAAGCUCUCGCAUGGAAGCGUCCCGACUUGUCGUCCCUAUCGGUGCGGUUUACACUCCUCUCAAGGAGAGAUCUGAUGCUCCCCUUUUACAAUAUGAGCCGGUGACUUGUAAAGCGCCCUGUCGGGCGGUCCUGAACCCAUAUGCCAACGUUGACGUCCGGGCUCGGAUUUGGAUCUGUCCUUUCUGUCUUAUGCGCAACCCCCUUCCUCCUCACUACAAGGAUAUCACGGAGAGCACGAUACCGCCAGAGCUUCACCCCCUGAGCACGACGAUCGAGUAUCAAUUGGCACGCCCUGCCCCGGCUCCUCCCAUCUUCGUAUUCGUCGUCGACACCUGCCAGGAGGAGGACAGUCUGCAAGCGGUGAAGGAUUCGUUGGUGAUGAGCUUGUCUUUGCUGCCACCCAAUGCCUUGGUUGGAUUGAUCACAUUUGGUACUAUGGCACAAGUGCAUGAGCUUGGAUACACCGAGUGCGCUAAGUCCUAUGUCUUCCGCGGCAGCAAAGACUAUACCGCCAAGCAAGUCCAGGAAAUGCUGGGUCUCAGCUCUGGAGUUCGCCCCAACAUGCCAAACAUGCCUCAGCAGGCUGCCCGGCCGCCUCUUGGCCCUGCCGCACGAUUCCUUCUCCCAGUCCAACAGGCUGAGUUCCAAAUCACCAACAUGCUGGAGCAGCUUCAGCGUGACCCUUGGCCCGUGGCAAAUGAUAAGCGCCCUUUGAGGUGUACUGGUGUGGCUCUGAGCGUCGCUGUUGGCCUGCUGGAGUCCUCUUUCCAGAAUGCCGGUGCCCAUAUUAUGGCUUUCACAAGCGGCCCCGCUACUGAAGGCCCAGGUCUUGUUGUUAGCCCGGAGCUGAAGGAGCCAAUUCGUUCUCAUCACGAUAUUGAUCGGGACAACAUCAAGUAUUAUAAGAAGGCAGUGAAGUUCUAUGAUAACCUGGCCAAGCGUGCUGCCAACAACGGCCAUGCCAUUGAUGUCUUUGCUGGUUGCCUUGACCAAGUCGGUCUUCUGGAAAUGAAGAAUCUUGCUAAUUAUACUGGUGGACAUAUGCUUCUCACCGAUGCAUUCACAUCUUCUCAAUUCAAGCAAUCGUUUGUCCGUGUCUUUGAUAAGGAUGCAAAUGAAAAUCUCUUGAUGGGUUUCAACGCUUCACUUGAAGUUCUCACGACAAAGGAGCUUAAGGUCACUGGCCUGAUUGGUCAUGCAGUUUCUCUGAACAAGAAAUCCAGCUCUGUAGGCGAGACUGAAUGUGGUAUCGGUAACACCUGUGCUUGGAAGAUGUGCGGAAUCGAUCCUUCUUCAAGCUACGGUAUUUACUUCGAGAUUGCGAGCCAGGGUGGCCCUGCGGCGGUGCAGCAAGGCCCUCAGCGAGGCAUGAUGCAGUUCCUUACAUACUACCAACACUCCUCUGGAAACUACCAUCUCCGCGUUACCACUGUUGCCCGGAACCUGAGUGGCCCUGCUGGUGACCCGGCUCUCGCUCAGUCUUUCGACCAGGAAGCCGCUGCUGUCCUCAUGGCCCGUAUUGCUGUGUUUAAAGCGGAAGUUGAUGAUGGCCCUGAUGUUCUUAGAUGGGUGGAUCGGAUGCUCAUUCGACUUUGCUCGCGGUUUGCUGAUUACCGGAAGGAUGACCAAACAUCGUUCCGACUGGAAAAGAACUUCACCCUAUAUCCUCAAUUUAUGUUCCAUCUCCGCAGAAGCCAGUUCUUGCAAGUGUUUAACAACUCCCCUGACGAGACUGCCUUUUACCGUCACGUUCUCAACCACGAAGAUGUUGGCGAUUCCCUCGUAAUGAUUCAGCCCACACUGGAUUCGUAUUCUCUGGAACACGAAGGAAGCCAGCCAGUUUUGCUGGACUCCGCUUCCAUUCAGCCAUCUCACAUUCUUCUCCUGGACACUUUCUUCCAUAUUCUCAUUUUCCACGGCGAGACCAUCGCGGAAUGGAGAAAGGCAGGAUAUCAGGAGCAGGAGGGCUACGAAAACUUGAAGCAGCUUCUUGAACAGCCAAAGGAGGACGCUCGGGAACUUAUUGCGGACCGUUUCCCUCUGCCCCGAUUCAUUGUUUGUGAUGCCGGAGGCUCUCAGGCUCGUUUCCUCCUGUCUAAGCUCAACCCGUCCACAACGCAUACCACGGGCGGAUAUGGCGGAGGUGUGACAUCACAGACGAUCUUUACCGACGAUGUUUCUCUACAAACAUUCAUGGAUCACCUAAUGAAGCUUGCGGUCUCUGGAACCAACUAAGUUUGGAAACGCGGUAAUGGCCCUUACGAGAGCAAUGGGCGGUCUUACGUCGGUCCUUGGGCCGUGUGUAUCUUUAGCGCUGAUUUGGUUUCUUCUUCUUCUUCUUUUUUUUUUUUUUUUUUU